CGGUUCCGCAUGCCCGAAGGGGCAGAGGACCCCGCACCGCGGUGCCGCCCCCGGGGCCGGGGGGUGCUGCCGGUCUCGGGCGGGCCGUGUGUGGGUGUAUGUGACCGGCGGAAGCAGUUCCCGCCCGUCCGGGUCGGUGCCGGCGGGGCGAUGCCGCUGGUGGUGCUGUGCGGGCGGCCCGGCAGCGGCAAGAGCCGGCGGGCGGCGGAGCUGCGGGCGGCGCUGGGCGGCCCCGAGCGGGCCGCGCACGUCGUGUCCGAGGCGGAGGGCGGGCGGGCGGCGCUGCGGGCCGAGGUGGAGCGGCGGCUGAGCCGGCGGGACGUGGUGAUCGUGGACGCGGGCAACGAGCUGCGGAGCAUCCGCUACGAGCUGUACUGCGCGGCGCGGCAGGCGGGCACGGCGCGCUGCCUCUUGCACUGCGCCGGCGGCGGGGGCGGCCCCGACGAGCCGCCCUUCGAGGAGCCCGACCCGGGCUGCCGCUGGGACCGGCCGCUGUUCACGGUGAGCGGGGAGGAGCCGCUGCCGCUGGGCGACAUCCGCGCCGCGCUGUUCGAGAGCGCCCCGCCGCCCCCGCACCGCGCCACCCGCGCCCAGCCCCUGCAGUCCGGGGAGUUCCUGCACCGCCUGGACCGCGUCACCCAGGACGUGCUGGCCGCUGUGAUGGCCGCGCAGAGCGGCGGGGCGCUGCCUGGGGACACGGUCCGCGUCCCCGGCCUGGCCGAGGGGCUGGUGCUGAGCCGGCCCGUGAGCCUGGCCGAGCUGAGCCGGCUGCGCAGGCAGUUCAUCAGCUACACCAAGAUGCAGCCCAGCGAUGAGAACAUGCCCCAGCUGGCCAGCAUGUUCCUGCAGUACCUGAGCCGCAGCAUCCAGUGAACCAGUGGCAGUGGCCGUGGUCGUCGAAGUACUUGCGACAGUAAGAACGCGCCUUCCAGACGCAGACCCUGCAGAGCCUGGAUCCCAACUGUCGCGUAUGGGAUAUUUGGCAGCAGCAGCUCUGGGUGCCGUGUUCCCGCAGCAGCCAAGCAGACUAUUUCUGAGAGAAUCUGUAGGGAUACAGUUCCCCAUACCCCUGAAUUCUCCCCGUCAAAAAGGAGAGCAGCUGUUGCAUCCCCAAGCAAGUGAAGUCUCCUGUGGAGACAUAAACCCCAGUAAUAUAGGAGUGUCUGAACGUGAAAGCGCAAAAGGUGAUGACUAUAAUGUCUUGAAUAAGAAGAUUGUUUUUCCAGGGCUGCCUCCAGAUAAUGUCAAACUACAGAAGAGACUUCAGGUCCAGAACUAGAACAGGAUGUGACUGUUUCAAAAAAUCUGACUGAACCCAAGAGAGAUUUACAGCUCUGCUCUGCAAAAGGGUGCUGGCUUAGCAAACUCAAAGAGGUUUAACAAUAAAAUGUGUGCCUUAAAUGGACUAAACUCUUAAUUUAUCUGCAGGACUAUUUUAUUGAAAUAACUCACCGUGUCUUUUCUCUGCAAGGUCAUCAUUAAACAUCUUUAAAAACA